AUGUCAUGGGAUUCACUCAACAGAGACGAGCUGCGACGUCCCACAAUACGAAAGGCUUCCAGUCUUACUUCCAACAGCUCGAAGAGCUAUGAACCACCCCCACUCGGAGAGAUCCAGCGCAUGCUGUGGAAGCCCGUGCCAUGCCAUGCCAAUGUCAAUGAAGUCUGGCCUAACCUCUACAUUGGGGAUCUAUAUGUUGCCCGAGACAUAGAGCACCUUCGGCGAAUGGGCAUCACCCACAUAGUGAAUGCAGCAGCUGGGAGGUUCCACAUUGACACAGGGGCCAAGUUCUACAAAGACCUGCCAGUGGACUACUAUGGAGUCGAAGCCGAUGAUGACCCAAACUUUAAUCUCAGCGUUUAUUUCCAUCCAGCUGCUAAAUACAUACGAGCAGCAUUGAACUCUCCUCGAGGCAAAGUUCUUGUUCACUGUGCCAUGGGCAUAAGCCGCUCCGCCACCCUCGUUCUUGCCUUCUUGAUGAUCUGUGAAGACAAGACCCUCGUGGACGCCCUGAACACCGUGCGGCAACACAGAGGAGUCUGCCCAAACUCUGGCUUUCUGAGUCAGCUCCGAGAUCUUGACAUCCGGUUAACAAGUGAAAGAGGCAGUUCCUUCAACCUUUAG